ACUCGCUCAAUCCACUGCCUCCAAACCUUCCUUUAUUUUCCUUUCAUGAUCUUUCUCUCUCUCUCUCUCCCCGAACACCCCAAAAAGCCAAAAAAGAAAGAGAAGCUCCAGCACACGCAGAUUUUGACAGACAAAAAUAAAACACAUAACGAUACAAAAAGAGAGAUCCAUCUAAAGAAAAGAAAAGAAAAGAAAAGAGGCUCAAAAACAAGGAAAAAAAAAAGUAAAAAAAAACGACAAUAGAGAGGACCCAUUUAUGGAGUUAGACACUCUCUUACCUUUUGAUAAUAAUUGAAGGGGCUGCGCAGAUACAAAUAUAUAUAUAUAUAUAUAUAUUUAUAUCACAUCCGAAGCUUACCACAAACCAACUGCCACAGGAGCUCGGGCAAUUUUGGCGGAUCCGAUUUUUUACAGAGCGUAAAUGGAAAAUUGAAAUGUCAUUUUUUUUUUCCCCUUGUCCGGUUGUCCCUUAAAAGUUAAAACCAUAUUUUCAUUCAUUAUACAUUUAUUAUAUGCCCAACUGCCAAGUAGCCAUUUGUAAACGAAGUGAUCAAAAGCAAAAGCUCUCAAUUUUUUUCUCUAUAAUAUAAUUUGGAUCGAAGCCAUCGCUUCUCUCUCAAACGUUUUCCGAGAAAUCUCAAAAGCGCGGAAACCAAGCAGAGAUGUUUCCGAUCCCUUGAAUUCCUAUGACUUCCUAGGAAAUUUGGAUGCUUCUUCUUCACAUUCCACAUUUCUUUUUUUCCUCAUUCUUGAUUCCAAUUCCUCGGGAAAAGUUUCAAACUUUCAGCUCCAAUAUUUUUUUUUAAUUUUUUCUUAAUUUUUUUUUUAUAUUAUUAUGCAUGUUUAUAUAUGAUUCCGUGACUGAGGAAGAGAUUUGGAGAUGGAAGGUGGAGGAGGUGGGGCUAGGGCAGGGUCUGGUCGCAGGAUCACACUUCUCGAUCAGAUGUCAGCCAUCGCCGACGGCGGAGAUUUAUCCGGCUUGACUCUCGACGACAUCUUGCGCUCUCGGAAGCGAGCCGUUCCGGAGCCGCCGCCACCGCCGCCGUUUCCGUCAGAGCCUCCGAUUCAGCCCGGUCGAACGCUGUUGGAUAUCAUCAGAGACGAAGAUCCCAAGGCCAGUUCUUGUAAAGAAUUCGUCGGCAACAGAGACAGGAAGUCCUGGAAAUCCUUCAAAGACCGGCUCCGACUCAAGCGCACCGGUUCCGGCGCCGCCUGGACGUCCUCCGUCCACAUUCCGACCUCCGAUAUCCUCUCCCCGAGCACCCGAUCCCAGGUCUCGCGCCGCAGCUCAGCUCGGAACUCAACCGAGUCGGCUCAUGAGAUGAUUCCCCUAGAAGACGCGUCGUCGCAGGGAUUCCGGCCGCAUAUUUCUCUCUCACGCCGGAGCUCGUGUCGUUUCAGCCCCAACGCGUUGUUCGCGUCCGAUCCGGCUCUAAGCGACGACGGUUCUAACAACAACAACAACAACAACAGCGGCGCUCCUCCCGCUCAGGUCCCGACUCUCAGGCCGCAAAUUUCGCGCCGCCACUCCACGCGCUUCUCACCGGUUAUAGAAGACAGCGUGACGGAUCCGACGGAGCCGCCGCCGCCGAUGCGCGAGGGCUCGCGCCGGCUUUACGCGGUGCUGGCGGAGGAAAGGUCGCUGUCGGCGAGGGAAGCCGUGGCGGCGCAGGAGGCGGCUGAGGAGGCCGCUGCCGCCGCCGCAGCAGCAGCCGACGAGGCCGUAUCGACGGCGGAGGCUGCAGCGACUCCGGUGGCGGAGACUGGGCCGCAGCCCGUGAGAAUGUCGCUGAUGGAUCUGUUGGAGGAGACGGACAGGCAGAUGGGGUUUGUGGGGUCCAGAUACAUGAUCGGAGACGAGGACGACGAGGAUUACGAGGAGGAAGAAGAGGAGGAGGAGGACGGCGGCGGCGGCGGCGGCGGUGGCGUUGGGGGAGUUGAGCAGAAUUGCUGCGUGUGCAUGGUGAGGCAUAAAGGCGCGGCAUUUAUCCCGUGCGGGCACACUUUCUGCAGGCUCUGUUCCAGGGAGCUCUGGGUUAGUAGAGGGAAUUGCCCUCUGUGUAAUGGUUUCAUUUUGGAAAUUCUUGACAUCUUCUGAACAUGUUCAUGAUACAAAUUAUUUGUGUUGUGCGCACAAAUCUCCUCUCCAUUAUUAUUAUUAUUUUUCCUGGGUCAGAUUUGUUCGAAACAUUUUUGUACUUUUUUGGGUUUUUUUUAUUUUUUUUUAUGGAUUGGAAUUUGAGCUGGAAUUAGAGUGUAUAAUAUUGUACCGGUCAAAUUUCAACGUAAAUUUCUCAAUGUACUUCAUUACUAGUUUCAGAGAUCAAUGCCAAGUUUUAUCUUUUAGCAUUUGAGUUCCUUUCAUGAAUU